CAACAACUGAAGAGAUUCAAACAAGAACAAGAUUGCUAGAGAACGAUAUCAAAAUCAUGCGAUCAGAGCAAAUGCGAUUGAUGCACGAACAAAGCAUGAUGAAAGAAAAAAUCAAGGAUAAUUCGGAAAAAAUCAAACAGAACAAAGUAUUGCCUUACUUGGUAGGAAAUGUGGUGGAAAUUUUAGAGAUGGAUCCUGAUAUCGAUGAAGAUUCAGAGGAAGGUGCAAAUGUUGAUUUGGAUUCAAGAAGAAAAGGAAAAUGCGCAGUCAUCAAGACCUCCACCCGUCAAACGAUCUUCCUUCCUAUUGUGGGUUUGGUACCGGCAGAUACUCUAAAGCCAGGAGAUCUGAUCGGUGUGAACAAAGACUCUUAUCUCAUUCUCGAUAAAUUGCCAGCAGAAUACGAUAGUCGUGUGAAGGCAAUGGAAGUGGAUGAAAGGCCGACAGAGACGUACACAGAUAUUGGUGGAUUGGAUAAACAAAUUGAAGAAUUGGUGGAAGCCAUCGUUUUGCCAAUGCAACAAGAACAAAAAUUCAAAAACUUAGGUAUCAAACCACCAAAGGGAGCAUUGAUGUAUGGACCCCCGGGAACAGGAAAGACCUUGUUGGCAAGAGCAUGUGCUGCACAAACGAAUGCCUGUUAUCUAAAAUUGGCUGGACCUUCCCUUGUGCAAAUGUUUAUCGGUGAUGGUGCAAAAUUGGUUCGGGAUGCUUUUGAGCUUGCAAAGGAAAAGUCUCCAGCGAUCAUUUUCAUUGAUGAGUUGGAUGCUAUCGGAACGAAGCGUUUUGACAGUGACAAAUCUGGUGAUCGUGAAGUGCAGAGAACAAUGUUGGAACUUUUGAAUCAAUUGGAUGGUUUCAGCUCGAAUGAGCGUAUCAAGGUUAUCGCUGCAACAAAUAGAAUCGAUAUCUUGGAUCCCGCUCUUUUACGUUCAGGAAGAUUGGACAGAAAGGUAGAAUUCCCUCUGCCAAACGAAGCAGGACGGGCGAUGAUCUUACAAAUUCACUCACGUAAAAUGACACUUGGUCAAGUCAACUUUGAAGAAUUGGCUCGCUCUACCGAUGAGAUGAACGGAGCACAAUUGAAAGCAGUUUGUGUAGAAGCGGGUAUGAUUGCUUUACGUGAAGGAGCAUCUGAAUUAUCCCAUGAGCACUUCGUUGGCGGAAUUGCAGAAGUUCAAGCAAAGAAGAAGAAUGAAUUGUUCAUGUUCUCGUAGUUUUUUUUCAUUAGAUGAUAAUACAAUUUUGUACCCUUACAAUACAGUUUUGAGCCAAGGGAG